UAUAACUGUAGAGGCUGCAUGAAUAUAGGCAGUGUAGCGUUGGAUGAGUGAUCUUCAUCGUGUACACUGCUGAGAGUGUUGAAUGAUCUACAGCUUGUAUACUGCUGACGGUGUUGAAUGACCUCCAUCAACACUGCUGAGUCAUAUACAUCAACAUGAGAUUAUUGACAGUCGUCUUGUUGCUACUGUGGGCACUGCUGGGAAAGUGUUCCGAGCCACCUUCAGAUGUCCUCUCCUGCUCUUACCAAAUCAGCAACAUCCUCAGGGAGAUCAAGGACGUCCUAACUUCUACAUCUGGCCGCUGCUCAAGUGAUGGAGAGAGAGACGAGAGGUUGGUGGGUAUCGAGAGGGAGACGGUGAGCCAAGCAGUCAGGCAACAUGGUGAGGUAGUUCGGUCCCUGCUGGCUCAGACGGAGUCGCUGAAGAAGGCCGUAACAUCAGUGGCAGAGGUGCAGAGCGCCCAUAAGCAAUUACUCAUCGCCCUCAGGACCGAACUGGAAAGUGAAAAGCAGACUAAACGCACACAGAGACGCACUAUCCAGGAUCUGAGAUCUGAGAUCCACACACUGAGGGAGGAGAGCAAGAACUGGCAGGAGCACCUGAGACGGAUGGAGUCAGAGAUGAAGGCUGGGCUGCAGAAGACAGAGUUGGCUGCGCAAGAGGCCACAAUAGAGGUCAAAGGGGCAAGUGAUCGCGCCAACAGCCUGGGUAAGGUUGUAAAUGAUAAAACAGAGCAUGUUACAGGUGAAGAGGUGGAUUGUCCACACCCAUACACACGUAUUGGUCUCGGCUGCUUCGCUGUCCACUCAACACAACGACUUUCCUGGGAACAAGCACGACAACACUGCAGGGGUAUUGAUGGUGACCUGGCGAACCCAGACGACAUCUAUGAUGUAGUACUCUUUCUGGACGACUCCUUCCCUGAAUCUGUGUAUUCGACUUCAGGGGGCUGGGGAUUCUGGAUUGGUGCCACUCUGGACAACACUGGAACCUGGCAAUGGGUGUCUGGCUUGCCUGUCAGGACCCAAGUGGACUUCUGGGGUCGGGGCGAGCCAGGUGAUGCUCAGGAGAAUGAUGAAGGCUGUUUAUUCCUUCAUGGGUGGUGGAGGUUCCGUGCUGGGGCUGACCCCUGCACCAGUGAGAAGUACUUCAUAUGCGAGAGGAAAGUUAAUUAAUUGGAUAUUUAUAAUAUUUCUGACACAGUAUGUUCUGUGCAGCUUUCCUUUACGGGUUUAGGGCUUCCCGUGAUAAUAAUAAUAAAUAUAAGAAUAAUAAUAAUAAUAUACAGUAUGUUUUAGACAGUUAUUAUUAAAUUUACAUGAAAGCGUAAGCCCGUAUAGGUCAUCCAACGCUGUUCUAGGCAUUAUUUCUUCAUAUUGUAUAAAUAAUUCUUCUGAAAAAAUGUGUUCCGCUAUUAAUAUGAAUAACCUAAUUAUUUUCGUAUCAAUUCAUGAUGCAAACACUCGGUGGCCACUUUAUUAGGUACACCUGUACCAGGCCCCGUGACUGAAGCUCUUGCUUCACACGGCAAGAGUCUGGGUUCGAUUCCUGGUGAGGGUAGAAACAUUCGGCGUGUUUCCUUACACAGGUUGUCUAUGUUCCCCAUCAGUAAAAUGGGUACCUGGGUGUUAGUUGACUGGUGUGAGUCAUAUCCUGGGACAAAAUUGGCCUAAUUUGCCCCAAUUAUAUUAUUAUAAUUAUGGGAGAGCCCUAAACCCAUGGGAUUAUACAGUGCAUGUGGGGGAGGGGGUGGAAGGUAUUCAGGCUCAUUUCAAGGAACUGGAGCACAGAUCCAAUUCCCUAUAUCAAGAGACCCUCACCAGCGGCAAGGAACCUCCCUUGAGGGGAAUUUGCCCAAAAUGCUGUGCAUAACAAGCUGCUUUCUAUAUAGUAGUACAUAUCAUUGAUGUCAGCUAGGCCUGUAUACCUUGUACAUGUACUCAUAGAAAUAAAGAUAUUAUUAUAUUAUUAAUGCAAAUAUCUAAUCAGUUAAUCACGUGACAGCACCUCAAUGCAUAAAAACAUGUAGACAUGAUCAAGAGGUUCAGAUGUUCUUCAGAUUGAACAUCAGAAUGAAGAAGAAAUGGAUCUAAGUGAUUCUGACUGUGAAAUGAUUGCUGGUGCCAGACAGGAAGGUUUAUCUCAGAAACUGAUGAUCUCGGGAUUUUCACGGACAACACUCAUACAGUUUACAAAGAAAAACGUGAAAAACAUCAAACAUCCAGUGAGCAGUAAUUCUGUGGGUGAAAAUGCCUUGUUAAUGAGAGAUGUCAGAGGAGAAUGGGCAUACUGGUUCAAGGACCCCUGGUAAAGGACCCCAAUUGAAAUAAGUGACUUUGUCUGACUUUUUUGGGUUAUCCUAGGUUCUCUACACAUAUGCUGAUAUAUAUGAUAAUUUGUGUAACUGUAUUUGUGUAUAGCUGAAUAAAUUUACUUACUAAACUGACAGUAAUUCAAAUAACCACCGAUACAACAGUGGUAUGCAUAAUGGCACAUCUAAAUGUACAGCACAUUGAACCUUCAAGUGGAUGGGCAACAGCAGCAGAAGACCACACCAGGUUCCACUUCUGUGAGCUAAUAACAGGAGACUGAGGCUACAGUGGGCAUAAGCUCACCAAAACUGGACAUUUGAAAUUAGAAAAAUGUUACCUGGUCUGACGAAAUGCGAUUUCUGCUGUGACAUGCAGAUGGUAGUGUCAGAAUUUGGCAUAAUAUAUUAUUAUUAAACUUUUGGGAUGUGGUAGAAUGGGAAAUUUGCAGCAUGAAUGUGCAGCUGACAAAUCUGCAGGAACUGCAUAAUACUAUCAUGUUAACAUGGACUAGAAUCUCUAAGGGAUGUUUGCAGUGGUUUAUUAAAUCCAUGCAACAAAGAAUUCAGGCUGUUCUAGGAGCAAAGGCAUAUUCCUACCCAGUACUAGAAGGGUGUAUCUAAUAAAGUGGCCACUGAGUGUGUAUCAUGAAUUGUUUCAUAUCACAGUUCAGAUUUGAGGUAGACAUUUUUCUCUGUAUGUACUGUUUCUAAAUAUCUGCAGUGUCUGGAGCCACAAAUUUCAUAUUUAAAUGCAUCACAGAGUAGGAAUAGCAACAUUUAUUGACUUGUAUGGUUCCUGCCUGGGGUAAUGGGAGGUAGUUAGGUUCGAUCCAGGGAAGGGAAGGUCUGAUUUAAUUCCUUGGAUUAUUAUUAUAAUCAAUAAGAAGCACUAAACCAUUAAUUCCUUGGAACAAGCAUCCUUCACCAGUAUCAAGUUACCUUCUUGAGGGGGUUUCUCUUAGUAGACAAUAUUUAAAUUAUGCAUUUUAAAACACUACUUUUUUGUUAUACAUAAUUAUCACAAAAAAAUGUUAACCCUCUAUUGGUUAUACAGCACUGCAAAAUACUAGUGUUCUUAAUGCUCAGUAUGACUGUUAGUACAAUAUACUGCCUGCAAUUAUCGAUAUUAUUACAUUCAUGUAGGAAGUUCUAAACCCAUAGCAGUCAUACAGUAUCUAGGGAAAUGGAAGGCAUUCAGACUUGAUACAAGGAAUUAGAGCACAGAUCUAAUUCUUUAGAUGAAGAGCCCCUUACCAGUAUCAAGGAACCUCCCAUGAGGGGUGCUUCCUACAAUAAUGAAAAUUAAGUCUUCCUUAAGUUCAAGGAGGCAAGAGAACAGCAAAUUAUUAUUAUUAUUAUAAUAAAAAAGAAGCGCUAAACCACAAGGGCUAUACAGCGCUGCGAGAACAGCAAAAAAUUAAUGAAUACAUGAACCACUGUCAACCAGUUUUAUAAAUAAGAAGUUUGAGAUUACAGUUCUAUUAUUAUACUCAUGGGAAAGCACCAAACCUGGAAGGAUUAUACAGUGCAAGGGGAAAGGGAGGGAUGGAUGGAUGCACUUCUUUGAAUAAAGAGCCCUUCACUGGCAUUAAGGCACCUUUCUUGAGGGGGUAGCUGGACAGGAACCUAAUUGGGGUUUGAUGGAAAAUAAAUAAUUUUGAUUGGUCAUAAAUAGAUCAAGCAGCUAAGUUUGCAUGUUCUUUGUCCAGAACAUCAGCAUGUCCACUGCAAAUAUUCGAUGAUCUCAAUUAUUAUCAUAGUGAACAUUAAAAUGGUAUAAAAUCCCGACAGGUGUGUCUUACCUAUUAUCAUAGUAUCUACAAGCAUGCUCAAUACCUUUAUGGGUCAUGCAGUGCUGAAGACCUAGGUAUAAAAAUGGAGAUGUUUUGAGGAAGUGUAAUGCCAAACAACAUUUCUGCAGUGUGAAACUAUUGGAUGAAUUGCAUGCCAAGGGAUUAAAAUGCAUAUUGCAUAUUUAAAAAAAAAAUAGGUGAAAAUUAAAAUGCCAAAUAUUCAGCAUCUUUAAAAAAUUUAUUAAAAGAAAAUAUUUAAAAUAUUUUCCCAAACUCACUUCAAAUACUGUACAAUAAUUUGAAGGAGGGGAGUAUAAACAGCAAGGAAUAUAUCCCUAAUGCUCUGUCACAAAAAAAAAAUAAUAGCAGUGGUUAUGGAUUAUCAAACUAAAGCAACACCUAAUGAAGACUUAGAAAGCUCCUUAUAAAUGAGGCUAACUUCAUUUACUUGUGUAAAUACUGUACAGUGUACAAUUUUGGUUGCUUGAACCAUCUCUUGAGUACAAAUGAAGCAGAGCUUACAUGAAAAGCAUUUUAUAACUGUCAGUUACCAAAUAUCAUUACAAUAUAAACAAAAAAAAAAAUUCUCUGAUAUACAGUGAACAGAAUUGUACUCUUGUUACUGAAGCCUACAUUCAGGAGAAUAUUACGUAGUAUUUACUGUACAAUACAAUUUGUAGCAUUUAUAUGGUAAAAUGAGACAAAUUUAAUUAAUGAAACUUAAUUAAAGAGAUUAACACCUCACUAAACUGGCAAUAAUAUGUGCUAAUAUAAUUCUAGAAUAUUGAAUAUUUACAAGAGCCUAUGUUUUCUCCAAUUAAUAAACUUAACACCAGCUUACAGAAAAUUUCCCAUAGUAUGAGGACUACUUCUAGAACCAGCUUCUUUAGCCCUUAAACUGGUUAUGACACUAUAACAUCCUUCUGAGUCCUUAUUUAAGAUACAGUACACAUAUGCAACCUUUCACACCUUUUUUUGUGAAAUGUAACAUGACUUAAUUUCUACAUGAUAAACACAAUGGGUGUUUAUAAAAAACAAAGAAAUAU